CGAUGGCAGCAUGAUUAUUAUUAUCAUUACUACACGCACAAACAUCACAUAGCUCGCGUAUUACUCGCAGACAACAUCAAAGAAGAGGAGGGGAGAUAAGAAAGGACAAAAAAAGGGUAAAUGGAGGUGAAAAUAUCGGAAUAGAUCGUCACCAUCACCAUCAUCGCCGCUGAGCUUCUUCCUCCCAGCGUCCGGCGCCGAUGGACCGACUUCCACUUUGAGGAAUAUCUUCCUUUUUUCCCCUCAUCUCCGCCGCGUCAAAGUGGACUUUUCUAUCCUUUUGUUCCAGCUUUAAGUUGCCGGAGCGAGCGGGGACAAGUUCUGCAACAACCAUGGCCCUCUUGUGGCUGUCCACACUCGCCCCCAUCUUUCUGGCGUUCGUCUCCAAACCGGCGCUCGGCUGUCCCUCCGGUUGCCGCUGUUACAGUCUCACGGUGGAGUGCGGCUCUCUUGGAGUCAAAGGAAUCCCCCAGGAUGUCCCUUCCUUCACUGAGACCUUGUUCCUCCAGGACAAUGCUAUCGUACAGAUCCGUCUCCAGGACCUGACUCGCCUGGGUAGCCUCCAUUACCUGUACCUCCAAAACAACAGCAUUUCGGCUCUGGAGCCAGGAGCGUUUCUCAGCCAGCGUCAGCUACUGGAGCUCGCCCUCAAUGGAAACCUCAUACAUCUGGUUACCCCCGGCAUGUUCCGAGGUCUUGAGCACCUUCGGAUCCUCUACCUUGCAGGGAACCAGAUCACCCGAGUUCAGGACAACACCUUCCGGGGGUUGCAGCGCCUUCAGGAACUCCACUUGCAGGAAAACAGCAUAGAGCUGCUGGCAGAGAAAGCACUGUCCGGAUUGUCGUCUCUGGCUCUUCUGGAUCUCAGCAGAAAUAAUCUCCAUACCUUGGGAGCCUCGUCGCUCAAACCACUUGUCAGCCUGCAGGUGCUCCGAGUCACAGAGAAUCCUUGGCGUUGUGACUGUGCUCUUGACUGGCUGAGGACAUGGAUCGGCGAGGACGGGCAGCGGCUGCUAAGCACCGCGGAGCAGCGCCGGCUGAUGUGUUCGGAGCCACCUCGCCUCUCCCACCUCAGCCUGGGGGAGGUGGCUCCAAACAGCCUGGUGUGCAUCCCCCCAGUUGUGCAGCUUGAGCCCAGCCAUCUAACGGUCAGACUUGGGGAGAGCCUGAGAGUCUCCUGUGAAGCCUCAGGAUACCCUCAGCCUCAGGUGACCUGGAAAAAGUCUUCGAACGGUAAGGCCCAGUUGUCCCCUCGAGGCUUAGUUCAAGAAACGGGUCCCAAUGGCGAGCUUUUCCGGCCUGGCGUUAAAGGAGCUGUCACCGCCCUACCCAGCAGUGGGGCGAUGAAGAUAGGAGAAGUCAACGGGGUUGUGCGUGGGACAGAGGAGGGCGGUGAGAGGGACAGCUUUGACCCGGACCUGGGCAGCGGAAUGCUGUUCCUCAGCAAUGUGACGGUGGCACAUGCUGGCCGCUAUGAGUGUGAAGCAUGGAACCCUGGUGGUGUGGCCAGGGUCACGUUUCACUUAGCUGUCAACAUGUCCUCUUCCUCAUAUUCAUCACAAUUCUGGCCUCAAUUAAACACCCACUCGUUGGUUUCUUCUUCGUCCAAAUCCUUCCCCCAGCCAGAGGUGGCGGAUGUUAGCCAGGAGCCACUUUAUGAGCGAGACAGCAUGGACUUCAGCGCUCUUGGCCCAGCCACGCAAACCGUCAUUGCGGUCGGCAUCUCCUUACUGGCGCUGACUGCUAUCCUUCUGCUGAUUAUGAUCUACACCAGACACCAGCAGUACCAUAAAGAGGAAGCGGGAUCCUACUGCACGAGCAAAGAAGAAAGCAUCAUCUAUGUGAACGAUUACUCUGACGGACCCACCACUUUCGCACAGCUGGAGGAGUACAGCGACGACCACGGUCACGAGAUGUACAUACUUAACCGAGCCAGGCCUGUCGGCACCGCCUCGGCAAGGUGUCCCAUGAUGGGAGGUUAUGUCCAACCAACGAGCAUGAAAGAAGCUCUACUGGACCAUCAAGUGGUUCAGACCCUGUCCAGAUCAGGAGGCAUGGGGGUUCGGAGGAAACCAGGCGAUGGCGGCGAAGGGCCUUUAACAACAGACCCAGAAGAGGUCUUUCUAAGUCAAAGUCUCCUCUUUGGAUCGCAGCUUGCUUACGAAAUCCACUGCUAAACGUGUUCCAACGCGUAUAAUUGAUCAAAAAUAUGAAAGGAACGCAACGUGGGGCAAAGAACUGAUGCAUCAUAUUGUCGGAACGGACAUCCGUCUUUGCGUAAACGGUUAAACUCCAUUUUAUUCACGACCAUUUUAACUCUGACUCAACCCUUUAAGGAUAACAAUGUCGCUACAUAUAGAAUUUAGCUAACAUUUCACUACACCUGUUUAGAAAAGUGAAGCUGUGACGCGUCUAACAAAUUCUAAUUGUGCUCAGACAUUGUGUCAUGGUCGUGUAAAUAUGACGUCAUGAUUGUGUAAAUAUGAAGACACGUUCAACUUUAAACGCAGUGUUUUGUGGCCCUCGUGGUAGAUGCCCUUUUUUUUUUACCAUAACACUGUGAAUAUUGUUGAUGUUGUUAAUGUACUAAACUGUUUUUUUGUAUCCAAGUUGCAUCAAACAUUACAGUAACUCCAACAACAUUUGUAAGUAACACUCCAUUUACUGUUGUAUGAAUAUGUCGCAAUU